UCGGCAGGAUGCGUGGGGCGACAGUGGCGUCCGGCGUGCUCCUUCUGGCGCUGGCCAGCCGCGCUCUCAUCCUCAUGCCCGACCGCUACUGCCUGGCCUGCAUCUGCAACGCCUCGACCAACUGCUCGCCCCGCAUCGGCUGCCGCCGCCAGCACGGCCAGCUCGUCUGCGGCCCCUUCCUGCUGACGGCUGAUGCCUGGAGGCGCGCGCGCGCCAGCGGCGGCACCUUCGCCAAGCGCUUCCGCUACCUCAACUACCGGACGUGCGCCAACGACGGCGCCUGCGCGUCCGAGGCGCUGAGCCAGUACCUGUCGCAAUCGGCAUCGGACUGCGACGGUGAUGGCCGCGUCACAUGCAAGGACUUCGGCAUCAUGAACCGCGCUGGCGUGAGCGGCUGCCGCAAUCGCACCGAGGCGCGGCGCAUGAUGCGCUCCACCUACUACCGCGUGCUGGAGUCUUGCCUGGUGGACGUGACGGUGAUGCUGCAGCAGCCGAAGCUGCGCAGCGGCUGCCGCUACGAGGCGUGA